AUGAUGCAAACUACCCUCAGUUCGGUCUGCGGAGCCGAAAAAGCCGCCCACCACUAUGGAGCUCUCAGCUGUGUCGGAUGUAAAGGAUUUUUCCGUCGAGCACUUCUCAAGGCGGAUCAGUUGGAAUGUGCGGCAAAUGGAGAGUGUACAGUUAGUGUUUUGCAAAAAAUCCAAUGCAGGAGUUGUCGAUUCAACCAGUGCCUUCGAGAAGGGAUGAAUCCUGCUUUUGUUCGCCCGAACCGAGACGCUCCUCCAAAACCGCGUAAACCCGCAACUACCGUAGCCUCAUGUGACCUAACCGAUCGUGGCAAGACCACAAAAACAAGUGAGGAAUGGAUGAAGAAGAUGACAGUUGAGAUGAGAACUAUACUCAUGACUUUGUUGAAUAUUGAAACAAAAGUUAUGAAAGGAGACACUCAGCAGGAGGCAUCGAAGUUGUAUCCACUCAAAGGGAUUGAUAAAUUCAGGGAUAUUGUGGAGACACCAAUUAGUUUAAAGGGAAAACGAACGGAAAUGAGAUAUGAAGCAUAUCGAAUGGCUGGAAAUGAUGAGUUGUGUGCGAUUGCGUAUAGGAGAUUGAUUGCAGCUAUUGAUUGGGUGGAGAGCUUGUCACCGUUGUUGGGGCACUUGACGGUGGAUGAUAAGAUAGCGCUCAUCAAAUCCUCCUUCGCUCCCCUCAUGGUCUUCAACUUCUGCGCCAGGACCGCUGAAGCCUGCCAAGACGUCUCUGUAAUUUUGCAUAUUCAUCUUGGGAACGGGCUUGUCGAACGGGCGCUCAAUGAACUCGUAGCGGUUUACAGGGAGUAUGGAAUGAGAGAAGAGGAAAUAGUCUGUGUGAAUGCAAUGAUUUGUUUGAAUCCACUGGCGAAGGAUGUGUCGAAUUCACUUUUUGAGAAAAUAGUGGAGUUGAGAAAUCGAAUAGCGGAUUGCUUGUUUUCAAUUGUCAAGGAAGAACUAGCCAACGCGAUGAGCGAGAAUCUCCAAUUCGCUCAAACAUUUUCGAAUCAAGGUGAAAUUCCUCUGUUGACUGAUCUGUUCGGAUGCUUCACGGUUGAACCAUUCUUCAAGGAAGUCGAUGAGUUGGCAGCGUUGAGUCUGGAAAAGGCGUUGACUGAAAAGAAGGAAAUUAGUGCGCAGACUGAUCGGGUGCCACCCCCGAGGGCUUUGCUGAAACGGCAAGCAACAAUAGACGAGGAGAGUGAAGAACCUGCCCGACAGAAUUUCCGACUUUUACAACCACCGAACAAUUUCUAUAUCACGGAAAUGUUGGAUGAUUUGAGAGCACCCUCCUCCUCAAUUUCCCUCUCCUCCCCAGAUGAAUACCAUCCCACCAGCACUGCACCAAUGAACAAUCACGCCGAGAAUCAUUUGAUGGGCCUGAAUUAUGAUGCAUCGACAAUACAGAAUGGUGUGAGCAGUAAUGGAGUUGCUCAUCCUCCUACUGUACCUACAGUACCACCAGUCGCUGCGAGACCAGUCUACGAUCAGCAACCAUCGUGUUCCAAUCAGAAUCCGUCAACAUUUUAUAACUUCCCCCUCCACCCGGUUAUCCACCUCUUUACGCUGGUUAUACUCCAAAUAUCAACUAUCCUCAACUCUAUCAACAACCCCAAUAUUACAAUUUUCCCGCUCAAAAUGUAG